GCCGGAUUCCCGGCAGGUGUAGUGAACAUCGUCCCUGGCUACGGUCCAACAGCUGGGGCCGCAAUAGCAGAACACAUGGAAGUAGAUAAGGUUGCAUUUACUGGCUCCACAGAGGUCGGUAAGCUGGUGAUGCAGGCAGCUGGUCGUAGUAAUCUGAAGAGGGUCAGUCUUGAGCUCGGAGGCAAAAGCCCGCUCAUCAUUUUUGCAGACUCUGACAUUGAUGCUGCGGUGUACUGGGCUCACGCUGGUAUCAUGAACAACCAUGGCCAAAACUGCUGUGCAGGUUCUCGUACCUUAGUAGAGGAGAGUAUAUAUGAUGAGUUCGUGGAGAAAUCGAAACAGAUGGCCGAAUUCAGGUCGGUGGGUGAUCCAUUUGAGGAGUCGACACAACAGGGGCCUCAAGUUGAUGAGGAGCAAUUCGAUAAGAUACUGUCUUAUGUGGAGGCAGGCAAGGCCGAAGGUGCUAAACUGGAGUUUGGUGGUGAACGUCAUGGCGACAAGGGAUAUUUCGUCAAACCAACUGUCUUUUCUAAUGUGACUAAUGAAAUGAGGAUCGCCCGAGAAGAGGUGAGGCUUCCCAUUCAGUGUCAGGGAAAGAACAGCUAGAGCUGUUGCACCUCCAAAUACGAAAAAUA